CGAAAAGCACUGAAAUCGCACUGGACCUAGCAACACCUUACAAUAUAUAUGAGUUUAAAAACGCGGGAAAAUAAUUUGUAGAAGCCAGUAGAAGCGUUCCUGAAUUUUACAGACAGUUUGGAAAUUUGUAUAAAAUAAUGUCGAGUCCUGCCAGAUCAUCAGUGACAAACGAUAGCCCGAAUAGAACUCCUAGAAGACAGGGGCAAGGUUCUAGAUCUCCUUCUGUUUUUGGAACGCCCCGUGCUGCAACUCGCAGUGGAGCUGAAAAUAAUGUGGAAACUCCUUUACGAUGGGGCACCACUGGUGCACAACGAAAUGUACCAACUCAGAACCGGACUGCUACAAUUGUUGCUUCUUCCGAGCAUGAUAGUGCCGCUGGUUCUGGUGAUCAUUCAGGACAAAUUAUUGGAUCGGAAAGUGGUUUGCAAUUGUCAUCACCAGUAAAUUAUGGUACUCCUAGUUCUCUAGGAUCAAUUCGUACACCAAGAAGUGGAAUUCGAGGCACUCCGAUUAGGCAUAGACCUGAUAUUAAUACAGACAAACGUUUACGUCAAUUUUCAAUACAAGAACCAAUUCCAGAAGUUCCAAAUGUACCAGGAACAUCAGAAAGUGACACAGCUGGGCCUCACUUAGUUGUAUGGGGAACAAAUGUAGUCAUAAAUCAAUGUAAAGAGCAGUUCAAAUUGUUUUUUCAAGAAUUUAUCGAUCCAGAAGCCGAAAAUGAUGAACUACCAGAAAAUAUGAAUUUAUCAGAACCCUUAUAUGUUCAGAAGUUAGAAGAAAUACAUACCUUGGAAGAACCAUACUUGAAUGUAAACUGUGCUCAUGUAAAAUCUUUUGAUCUGCAUCUUUAUCAGCAAUUAGUUUCUUAUCCACAAGAGGUAAUACCAACUCUAGACAUGGCAGCAAAUGAGUUAUUUUUUGAGAAAUUCCCAGCAGCUGUCUUGGAGCAUCAAAUUCAAGUGCGACCUUUCAAUGUGGCUAAGAUUAAGUCCAUGAGAGAUUUAAAUCCUUCUGACGUUGAUCAGUUAAUUACUGUACCAGGAAUGGUGAUUAGAGUAUCGAGACUGAUUCCACAAAUGCGAGAAGCCUACUUUAAAUGUAGCGUUUGCGCAUUUACAACUCUAGUUGAAAUUGAAAAAGGAAAAACAAAAGAACCAACAGUAUGCGGAUCUUGUUCACAUAAAUAUUCCUUUACAUUGAUACAUAAUCUCAGUCAUUUUUCUGAUAAACAAAUGAUUAAAUUGCAAGAGGCUCCAGAUGAGAUGCCACAAGGUCAGACUCCACAUACUACCAUUGUAUUCGCCCACAAUAAUUUAGUAGAUGCUGUGAUGCCUGGAGAUAGAGUCUCUGCUACCGGAAUUUAUAGAGCAGCUACACAUAAAUCAAAUUUUGAACAUAAUUUCCAAGCCAUUUACAGAACAUAUAUCGAUGUAGUUCAUUUUAGAAAACAUGAUUCUAAACGACUGUACGAUCAAGAAGAUGGUAAAGAACAUAAUUUCGCCCCAGAAAGAAUAGAUCUUUUGAAAGCAUUAUCACAGAAAGAAGAUAUAUAUGAGCGAUUAUCAAGACACAUUGCACCCAGCAUAUAUGCAAAUAAUGAUGUAAAAAAGGGCAUUAUAUUACAAUUAUUUGGUGGAACUAGGAAAUCUUCUACGAUAUAUGGAAAACAUUUUCGACCUGAUAUUAAUAUAUUGCUCUGCGGUGAUCCUGGUACAAGCAAGUCACAAUUACUUCAAUAUGUUUAUAAUUUGGUUCCAAGGUCUCAGUAUACCAGUGGAAAAGGCUCCAGUGCUGUUGGUUUAACUGCUUACGUCACAAAAGAUCCAGAGACAGGACAAUUAAUAUUGCAGACAGGUGCACUGGGACUUGCAGAUAAUGGAAUAUGUUGUAUUGACGAAUUUGAUAAAAUGAGUGAGAGUGCCAGAUCAGUAUUACACGAAGUAAUGGAACAGCAAACUUUGAGCAUAGCUAAAGCUGGCAUUAUUUGUCAAUUAAAUGCUAGAACCAGUAUACUUGCAGCAGCCAAUCCAAGUGAAUCUCAAUGGAACAAAAAUAAAACUGUGGUUGAAAAUGUAAAAUUACCCCACACUUUACUUUCUCGCUUCGAUUUAAUAUUUUUAAUGUUGGAUCCACAAAAUGAUGCAUAUGAUAGUAAACUUGCAACACACAUGGUAUCCUUAUAUUAUAAAAGUCUCGAUGAAGAUGAAGAUGAAGAACUACAUAGAAGCAUUGUUCGUGACUAUAUAGUCUAUGCAAAAGAGCAUGUUCAACCUAUUCUCAAUGAAGAAAGUCAGCAGAGAUUGAUACAAGCUUAUGUUGAUAUGAGAAGAGUUGGGAAAGGUCGUGGACAAAUAACAGCAUAUCCAAGGCAAUUAGAAUCUUUGAUAAGAUUGUCUGAAGCACAUGCAAAAUUACGAUUGAGUCCUAUUGUAGAAUUACCAGAUGUUGAAGAAGCUUGGAGAUUGCACAGAGAAGCGCUGAAGCAAUCCGCCAUUGACCCACUAAGUGGUAAAAUAGACAUUUCUAUUCUAACUACUGGCAUAUCCUCUAUAGCCAGGAAAAAGAAGAAGGAAUUGUGUGACGCAAUCCAAAAAAUUAUUGAAAGCAAGGAUAAAGUACACGUACUUAAUCAACAGAAACUUUUUGCUGAACUUAAACAAUCUUCUGAACUGAUGAUUACUAGAGACAUGUUUGAAGAUGCUUUACGGGAGCUACAAGACAAUGGAUUAAUAACAGUAAUUGGAAGAAGCAACAUUCGCAUAUCGUAAUUUUGGAUACGUUAGAUAUUUUUCAUUAUUUUUAUACAUAUUUUAAGAAUCAAGCCAAUCAAUUAUUGGAAGUGUUGAACACGUCAUUAAAAAAAAAAUAAAAGAUACGUAUUUUAACAUAA